GCCCAGUAACGUUGAUCAUGGCGGGAAUGUUGGAGGAACAGCCCCCGGGAAGGUCGAUCUUUUUGGACGUGUUUCGAAGAGCAGAUAAAACUGAUGAUGGUGCUCUGUCUCUGGAGGAAUUCAAGGCAUUCUUCAGCGAUGGAAUCUUGUCGAACGAAGAUUUGGAAAAAUUAUUCCACGACAUCGAUACACACAACACAAAUAAUUUGGAUACUUCUGAGCUUUGUGAUUACUUCAUGAAAGAAAUGGGCCCUUUCACUGAGAUCUUUGCCAAUCUAGAGAGCAUGAACAAAGCUGUCAGUAAUGCAUUGGUGGAGUCUGCAAAGGCUUAUCCUGACAAGUCCUUUAUUGGAAAGUUUACCACUCGCUUCCUGUUGAAAGAGAUUCAGGGACAGAUGGGUUGUCUAGCACAUCACAUCAAUGCUGCAGUAGAUAAGAUUGAUGAGGAAGAAACACAGCAAAGACCUGAUGUUUGUCAAGCUGCAGUCACCAAUACAAAUGUAAGAGGAGGAAGGAUGAAGAGAAAGAUGCAUUCAUUUGGACAACAAACAAGCCUUGAUGCUAACCAGCAAGCAAUGAGACAUGGUUUGUCCUUGGAAGUAGAUCGUCUUUCAGAGCUCAUUGACAAAUUGGAAAAUAAGGUCAAAUUUGAUGUCAUUGAUGAAGAGGAAGUUGAAGUUGGAAAAGAACAAUCGGUGGUUUUAGUUUCAAGGAAAUUUCAAGUAAAGGCUGAAAAAGAAUUCCGUUCAAACUUGAAGAGUUAUGUAGCGUCCUCGUCUUUAGCAGAUGGCUGUUUGCAUCUUGGGAUACGCACUAUCAGUGGAACAAACACGUUUGUGGUGUACGAGAUUUGGGCGAGCAGCGAGGAUUUGAAUAGACACUUCUCGUCUGAUACGUCAAAGUCAUUCAUGCAUGGAAACAUUGACUGCAUGGAACAACCCGAGGAAUAUCAGAAGAUGGCAGUGCCUGCGUCAUGGUGGAGGGCAACAAACAACUAACAUCACUACGUCGACAAUAGACAGAAUUUUGUUUAUAGCCGGCUGAGGCAAACUGACUCACAUUUUAUCGAAUGAUGUAACCAGGGAUUGGACCCAAGGACUGGAACCAAGGACUGAACCCACCCAGUGGGUCCUCCGUCUUUUUCCUCAGUUAACCCUUUACACCUUAACAACAGUAUGCAUAUUCUUCCUACUGUUCUCUAUACAUUUCCAAGGGUGGCGACGGGAGAAUUUGUUUAACAAUCAAGGGCUUCUUUAGUAGGUGAUUAUUUCAAUCUUUUAUUCUCAUGAACGUAAUUUUAGACUCUAGGGCGAUGUUGUACGGAGAGAUUACAUGCUAGUCACUGUUAUCGGUAAA